UCAAAACCUCAAACGUUAAUGAUCUCUUCUAUGCUCUGGAAAAGAUCAUACACAUCCAUCAAGAUGGCAUCGCAGCGUAUUGCAUUCAAAGUGUCUGGCACGGUCCAAGGUGUUGGAUUCCGGGACUUUACCCAGCGAAGAGCAGCCGACUAUGACCUAAAAGGCUGGGUAAAGAACACUCACUGCGGAAGGGUAGAAGGCGAAGCCCAAGGAACCGAAGAAUCCAUCCAAAAGCUCCUCAAAGACAUCAAUAACGGGCCCCGUCACGCUCACGUCGUCAAGUUGGAGAAGAAAGAGAUUGCACCAAAGGACGGCGAGGUAGAAUUCGGGUUCAUGAAGACUUCAGAGUCGGGAUAUGAGGGCACCCAAUAAACUCUUUUCUUUCUCUUCCCAUGGUUAUUGUGUUAGAUGCUAAAGAUGGAAAUACGGAUAUACUGGGGUGUUUAUGUCGUGGAUGCCUAGAUGGGGAUGGUCUGUCUUGCUUAUACAGUACAGUAGCCUAUUUUUAGUAGUCUUACCUACGGAGUACGGAGUAUGGAAG